GGGAGCUUGGGCCCACGGCUGCAGAUAAGGUUGAGGUGUGGUGGAUCCGCACGUGACGAUUGGCUGCAAAUGCCAAUGGCCUGUCGGGCUCUGGGUGCCGCGUCCAGUCCAGAUUACGGUAUUUCCAGUUUCAUUUCAUCCUCCUUGCAACACCAGCUUUUUGCGCACCGGUUUCCCGAUUUACCGCCGGUAAAGAUCGAUACGCAAACGCGGGCCACAGACCGUCCAGUUGUCCAAAAACAACCACAGUCUCAAGUCUGGCCAGCAGCGCCUUCGAUCCCGGUUCACAACCUGGCUUUAAUGGGAAGACAGCCCGGCUGGAGCAGGCCGUACGACGGAGACAUGCCCCGUCACAUCGAUCAAGAUGUCCACAGCGCCUUUGUGGAAUUUCGCAAUGGCAGCGAACCCAAGUGCAUGUCGGUGCAAUGCCUCUACUGCAACCAGACCCGCGCCAAAAACACCACGCGCCAGAAGCAGCACCUGCUCCAAUGCGCCCCCUAUCUCGCUGCCCACCCCGAGAUAGCUCUCCAGGCCUCGGCCGCCGCAGACGAAGCCGCAGCUGCUGGCUCGUCGUCUGAACCACAACAUGGCCACCCCGAUGCCUCCCAAUACCCGAACCCCAAUCCCCCGCCGGGUGAGCAUACCAACCUCGGUUUCAUGCCAAACCCACGCAUAAAUGGCACCCCAAACCAGAUGCCCGGCCAUGGAGGACGUGCUUCGAUAGGCGCGCCGGAUGGAACACCGGCGGCGAAGCGCCAAAAGAUGAAAAACUCCAACCUUCCCGAGAUACCCCUCCGCGAAGUCCACGCUGCCUUUGCCGAGUUUAAAGCCAAGGACGAUGACAAGUGCAUGUCUGCGCGCUGUUUACACUGCAACCAGGUCCGGGCGAAAAACACCUCCAGGCAGCGGGAGCAUCUGAUGGUGUGCCCCGGCUACCAGAGCGUGCUGAAGGAGAAGAUCCCCGCGAAUAACCUCCGUCACCAAUUUGACGAGGAUGAUGUCGCCAGCUCACUGGCGCUGCCUACCCCGUCCCUGACACUUGACUUCCGGAUGAGUAUCCGGGUCAAGCCAAAGCUCAGCAUCGGCACUGCCAACUUUGGCCGGGAAAGCUGGAUUUCGUGCGUUGGCGGUCAGUGGGCUGGGAGGUUUGGUAAGGGCAUCCUGCUGCCUGGCGGCCAGGACAAGCAGACUACGGUCAAGGACAUGGCUACGAGGAUUGAUGCGAGCUAUCUUUUACAAACUAAUGACGAACAACCUGCCUUGAUUACAUGCAAGGUCAAGGGCUGGUGGACGGGGGAUCGGGAUGUCAUGGAACGGCUGCAGGACCCGGUGGCGGCCGACAAUGUGGCUGCUCACCGGUAUUUGUUCCGCGUGGUCAUCGAGCUGGAGACGGGCGAUGAGCGGUAUGCAGAUGUCAACACUGGGUUGUGGGUGGGGAGCGGGUGUAGAAGGGGUGCAGAGAUUGUUUAUGAUGCCCACCGCGUCAGUUAGUUCUGGCUGCGGUUGUUUGAGGAUACAAAAGCGCGUAUCAUUACAUCCUCCUUUGCUGGGAGAUCUCUACAAUUUUUCACUGUAGAUUUAUUCGAAUUGUACUUCUUCACCAGUAUGGGUAGUGGGAUAUAGGGGCAGGGGGGCUGAAAUGAUACCAACUUUGUUUGAGAGCCUUCCUUCCAUCCUACAUUU